UGCCCUGUGAAGGACUGUUUUCUCGCCGUCUUGUCGUCUCACGGUGACGAGGGCUGUGUGUUCGGGGCUGACGGGAAACCUGUUCUUCUGUCACGCGUGUUCAACUACUUCGACAACGAGUGCAUGGAGGAAAAGGCAAAAGUGUUCCUGAUACAGGCGUGUCGGGGGGGCGCUCUCGAUGAUGGUGUGGAGGUGGAUUCGGCCGUUGACAUCAGCGAGUGCAGCUUCACUCAGCAUCUGUCUGUUCCUGUAGACACAGCUGUGAUGUACGCCACGGCUCCAGGUUACGGAGCCUUCAUGCACCCUCUGGGCUCGGUCUUCCUGCAGACUUUCUGCACCUUGUUGCAGGAGGAAGGGAACCGUGAGCUGGAGCUGACCCGGCUGAUGACCCGCCUGUCACACAGCGUGGCCUACACCUUCCAGGCCAAAGGAGGCACUCUGGCCGGGAAGAAGGAGAUGCCGUGUUUCACGACUCGACUGACCAGAGAAGUGUUCCCGUUCGCCUCGACUCAGACUCCUUCCAUCAGCUAGACUGGAACAGGCCUGUCUGCAUGUGUGGACUCAAUGAUCCUUAGCAAGGCUGUGAUCGAAGAGGCCGAAAAAUUAGAUCCUCCUUUUCUGACCUCUUCUUCACCUCAUUGACAAACCUCAUGGGGUUAAUGAAAGAGGAGAGUCCAUCAGGACCAGAGGUGUAAAGUAACUAAAUACUUUUACUUCAUAGUACUAUUUCCAUUUGAUAUUACUCUGCACUUGUACUCCACUAAAGUUCAGAGGUAAAUGGUGUACCUUUACUCCUACAUGUAUUUAACCCUUUAGUUGCUAGGCAGAUUAGGAUUAAUGAUGGUACAUAUAACCAACCCUUAAAUCAGACUUUAGUUUACCUGCAGUAAAUUCAGCAGCUACCCUGCAGUAUACAAAGCCAUUCAAACCAACCGGGGGUACGGGGACCCUAUGGUACUUGAGGGGAUUGCAAGGGGAAGGUAAAAAGAUUAGGGGUUGCAUUUUAUUUUCACACAAAAACAUUUAUUAUUAUUGAAAUUAGGAUUAUUUAUUAAUCCAGUCAUAGAUAAAUAAAAGACACAAAAACAAAAUUAAUUUUUAAA